CGAUGAAUGGAGUGGACCGCAGAGGAAGUACUGUAAAACAGAGGCCCUUUGUUCUGACAAUCCCCAGAAGAAUCCAAACAUAGAACAAGUCGAAAGACACAGUUGUCCGGAUACAAAGAUCACAACCUGAAUCCCCACACAGCCACACGAACCCCUUUCAGAUCUUGCAUCACAGGAAAUUAAAAUAAAAAAGAAGGAAAAUUCCAUUUUCUUGAUUUUAUUUAAGCCAAUAGCUUGCAAAUAAAAGAGGGCCUCGGCUUGGGAAUAAAAAUCUUGGGAAUUUGAGGUGUUGUGGAGGAUAAGUCAAAAGUGUGCUGUGACCCUUAAAAGAUGGCAAGAGAAAUCCGGGUUAUCGGAUCUGAAGGGAUAUUCUGAGACUGGGUUACUCUUGAGAGAGAGAGAUGGUGGGGGAGCUCUGCUUGAUGGCCUCACAUGGCUACCCUCCUGGAUUGGGAGUCUUUCUCCAUCAAGAACAGGGUUUAAGCAGAGGGUCGAAGGACUUGCACCAUUUUUUCCACUAUCACAGUUCAAAUCAGGAUCUCGUAAAUUCCCACCCGUUAAAUUUAUGUCUACAGCAAAAAGAGGAGUGGAAAUCACAAUUAAUGGACAGUCACCACCUUUUCACAAUCGACUCAAACUCUUCAAGGUUGGCACUCUUUGAUGUUCAAGACAGAUAAUCAUCCCAACUCAUUACUUUUUAGCUUUGGGAUUGCCGAGCAAUACACCAGACAGGAGAAGAUAUUGAAGUUACUUGCAUCUGGAUCGAUUGAACCAGACGGUAGUUUACUGGAUUUAUCUAUGCUCUAUGAUUUGAUGGGGCCUCAACAACCCAUCAGAGACUUACCUCAGCAACCAUUUGCUUCUUAUCCUCGAUGGUGCUUUGAUGAUGCCGAGUCUCAGCAGUCUCUUAUAUACCCAACAAGGGAAUUAUACUUCAAUGAACAUUCUUUCGAGUUAACGGGGGACAUGAGCUGCUGUACAGAAAAUAUAUACAAUCCUGAUUGCCAGCUACAAUUACAGUGUAAUUGCAUUGGGAAUGAGAUGAGUGAUAUCCUCUCCGUCAUUUCUGACUUUCACAUGUCAAAGAACACAGUUAAGUCAAGUAAGCAGACGAUGCUGGUCCCUUAUUUUGAGAGGCGUAAAAGAGUACGAUCCAACAUGAAUUCAUUAAACUUUGCAACAGAGAAAGUUGCGCCUUUGAAGGGCCAUGCGAAAGUGAAGGAAAAGACAUCAUCACAGAAGAGGAGGGCCAGCACAAGAAUGGGCAAGAAAACGGACAUAUAUUGCAACAGCUACCUUCAUGCAUGCGAAAGUCUCCUGUCCAUAAUUGUGAAUAGAAAGCAGCAGGGUAACAGUACAAUCCUCUCCGUGAAGAAAUCCGGUCUGCAACUGCCUCAGAUGCUGACCCAAUUUUCUGCAACAGUUGCUGGGACUGGCAUUGCUGUUGUCUUAUCAGUAGCUUGUAGAGUCGCGUGCGGUCGUGUGCCAUUCUGUGGGUCUAAGGUUUUGAGCACCGGAUUGGGUUUGGGACUCGUAUGGCUCUCUUGGGCCGUGAAUAGACUGAGGGAUACGGUUAUCUCCAUUGGCAAAUCUUCUGGCAAGUCGGGUGCUAGAGAAGAGGAAAUGAUGAAUCAUUUGGAUAGAAAUUUGAAGGAUAUUUACUUUCGAGCAGCAGCGAUAAUGGUUGUUGCAGUGCUGCGGUUGGCAUGACUGAUGAUAAAUCGCUCAAACUUGGACCUGAACCUGAAACGACACUCCUUAAAUUCGUCCUUUUGAUUGAUUUUUGUAGUCGACUGCUGCAAUUGGAUUUACUGAAUUAAGAGAUUUAGAAAUGUAUAACUUUGCAGAAAUAAUGCAGAUGGAAUGAGAGCUCAGGUUAUCAUUUAUUUCA